CUUGUAAGUUGGCAACCAUUUUGGCGCGAACUCCAAUCCCAAAAUAAAACCCAAAACCCCGCCAUUUUAUUAAAGAGAGAGAAAAAAGAAGUUCAGCUCAGAUAAGAGCAAAACCAAAAAGCCCUAAAAUCCCCGCCCCCCAAAAAAAAAAAUCGAAUGGGGAAGAACGAUAGCCAGAAUCAGCUGAUAGAAGCAAAAAGAGCAUACAAAAGCGCGAAAGCAGAAGGGAACCGUUCGGAGGAAGCGAGAUGGGCAAAUGUGAUUGGCGAUAUCUUGAAGAACCGAGGAGAGUAUGUAGAGGCACUUCGUUGGCUGAGAAUUGACUACGAAAUCUCCCUUAAUUACUUGCACGAGAAGCAGCUUCUUCCGUCCUGUCAAUCGCUUGGCGAAGUCUAUCUUCGCCUUCACGACUAUAAACAUGCCCUCACUUUCCAGAAAAAGCAUUUAGAGCUUGCCAAGGAUGAAAAUGACCUUGUUGAGCAGCAAAGAGCUAGCACUCAACUAGGAAGAACAUAUCAUGAAAUAUUUGUGAAGUCGGAGGAUGACCAUGAUUCAGUUCGUAAUGCUAGAAAGUAUUUCAAACUGUCACUGGAUCUUGCUAAAACUCUCAAGAAGAAUUUACAUUCAAGCAGACAUUCUUUUGUGAAGGAAUACAUUGAUGCCUAUAACAACAUUGGUAUGCUUGAAGUUGAUCUUGAUAACUUGGAAGAAGCCGAAAAAAUUCUCAGUAAAGGAUUAGAGAUCUCUGAUGAAGAAGAGGUAAGUGAGGAUGAUGAUGGGCGUAGCAGGCUCCAUCAUAACCUUGGAAAUGUUUACACCGAGCUAAGAAAUUGGGAUAAAGCACGGGAGCACAUUGAGAAAGAUAUUACCAUUUGUCAUAGGAUAGGGCACUGUCAAGGGGAAGCAAAGGGAUAUAUAAAUCUUGGGGAGUUGCAUUACAGGGUUCAAAAGUAUGAUGAGGCCAUGCAAUGUUAUGAACGUGCUCUAAAACUGGCCAAGUCCAUGGAAGAUGAAGAUGCUUUGAUUAGUCAAGCUAAUCAAAACAUUGAAGUAGUGAAACAGGCAUGCAAGGUAAUGGAUGAAAUAAAGACAGGAGAACAAAAUCUCAAAAAGCUUGCAAGGGAAAUGGAAAUAGCUAGAGGAACAGAGGGUGAGAGGAAGUGCCUGCUGCAGCAAAAUUCAUUACUUGAUCGUCUAAUUGAGAAAUCUAGUGCAAUCUUUGCAUGGAAAAGACAUCGUACAUAUGCCAAAAAGAAGAAGCAGAUAGCAAGUGAACUCUGUGACAAAGAGAAAUUAAGCGACUCAUUUCUAGCCAUUGGAGAAUCACACCAGAAGCUUAGGGAGUUUGACAAAGCUCUUAAAUGGUACAACAAGAGCUUGGACACAUACAUAUCAAUUGGAAAUUUGGAGGGACAAGCACUAGCAAAGAUCAAUAUUGGAAAUGUAUUGGAUUCUAAUGGUAAUUGGGGAGGUGCUUUGGCAGCUUUUGAAGAGGGUUACAGGAUUGCUAUUCAGGCAAAAAAGCCCUCGAUUCAGUUGUCUGCUCUAGAAAAUAUGCACUAUAGCCAGAUGAUCAGGUUUGAUAACGUGGAAGAGGCCAGGAGGUUGCAGUUGUCAAUUGACAAACUCAAGCAGUCAAAAAUUGGAGAUCUUGAAGCACGAUACGUUGCAGGGGACUGCUGUUCUGAAAGUGAAACAGAAGUUGGCGGCCAAUCACCAAUCACAUCAUAUGAUAGCAUUUCACCAAAGACAACUAAAUUUGGUUUCAAGAAAUCAAAAUCUAAUGGCAGCGAAGAUGAAUCAGAGGAUCUGCCUUUGAUAUCACUAGUUCGUCCCACUAAGAAUCUAGCUAAGCUGAAAUCAGCUUAUGCAGAAACAACUAUUGCUUCUCCUGAGCUACCUGAUUCUUUGUCCCCAAGCAUGUUGAGACCUGCUGGUAGUCAAGCAGUUAGUCGUAAACGUGUCCGUCUUGUUCUCUCUGAUGAUGAAGAAAAUGAGGAUGUAUACAGCUCCAGCAGGAUUAUUUCUACUCCUCUAGAGGGUGAAAUGAGUCAUUGCUCAAGAAGAACCUCUCACAAGUGUUCUGUGGAAACUGUUGCUACUUCUGAUGAGUUUAAAGACAGAAAACAUCACUGUAGUCCAUCACAUGGAUUGAAGGAAGUUUCACCAGUUGGUUCAGGAUGUGGCGUCAGUGCUUGUACCCCAAUUAAUCUUGAAGAAAGUACUUGCUCCGACAAGUCUAGGACUCCUGAGUUAGGUUUACGGGACGACAAGGAUUUAACAUAUUCAAGCACAAAAGGGUCUGCUCCAAAGUUUAGUUUCGGAGCUUGUGGCAGAGAAUUGGAUGCAGAUGUUUCUGGCAAUAAUAUUUCUGAUCUCACUCUGCAUGCUUGUGGUGAACAUUGUCAACAUAUUCUCUUCAGAAUUGGCAACAAUGUAGUACAUGUAAAAUGGGAUUCAGGUAAUGCUGGGACGUCGCUCAGCUUAGAGCAGAUGAAGGUUGAGGUAGCAUGCUUGUACUAUUUACAGCUCCGAGCCGAGGAGAGAUCUGAAGGCCUAGUGCCGGUCAUCCAACAUAUGAUGCAUGAAGGAAGAGUUAUAGAAUCAGUUGAAGCAGUUAAUCUCCGAAAUGAUAAUAUGGCUGGGAAGGCAUACAUUGACGUUACAAUUGACGCAGUAUGGGUUCCAAAACAUCUCAUGAAACUGUACAUUGAUUGCUGCGAGGAGCUGUCUCAGCCACCAAUCUUGAAGGUCCUUAAGAUGCUGUACAAUCAAGAGGUGUCGGAGGAUGAAAUCGUGGUGUCUGAUUGCGAACUGCAAGAUAUAUCAGUGGCACCAUUAAUCAAUGCCCUCUAUGUACACAAAACUUUUGCUGUCUUAGACCUUUCUCACAACCUGUUAGGAAAUGGAACAAUGGAGAAGCUUAAGCGAGUAUUCACCUCAUCAGGGCAAAAUUAUGGUGGUUUGACCUUGGAUUUGCACUGCAAUCGACUUGGUUCAACUGCUUUGUUCCAGAUUUGUGAAUGCCAUGUUCUAUACGCCCGAUUGGAAGUACUCAACAUAUCUGGGAACCGUUUAACUGAUGCAUGUGCAUCAUAUCUUUCAACUAUCUUGCAGAAUUGCAAAGCUCUUUAUAGUUUAAAUAUCGAGCAGUGUUCAAUCACAUCCAGAACAAUUCAAAAGGUUGCUGACUCACUGACUUCUGGAUCAGCGCUUACACAUCUUUCUUUAGGACACAACCACUCAAUAGCUGCAAAUGCCGUGAUAAAUCUAUUGGUUACUCUUACAGACUUAAAGAGAUUUCAAGAGCUUAGUUUAAAGGGAAUAAAGCUAAGCAAGGCUGUAAUAGAAAGUCUUUGCCAACUUAUCAAGAGCUCUUGCUUGUCUGGGCUACUGCUUGGAAGCACUACUAUAGGACCAGAUGGAAUGUUAAAGUUGAUGCAAUCAUUGUCCACAGAAAGUCAAGAACUGAAGCUUGACGUUUCAUCUUGUGGUCUGACACCUUACUGCAUUGUCAGAUUAAAUGCAGAAGUUUCUGUAUUUAAUAGCAUAGUUGAGCUUGACCUUGGGGGUAAUCAGCUCAAGCAAGAGGGUGGCAGGGCAUUGGCGGCAGCAGUGAGUAAUCCUCGGUGUUGUUUCAGAGUCCUGCUAUUACAGAAAUGUCAACUGGGACUUCUUGGCAUUCUUUGGAUACUUAAAGGAUUAUCAGACAACUAUUAUCUGGAAGAGCUCAACAUGGCUGAAAAUGCAGAUCGAGACGAAAUUCAUGCUUUGCUACAUGAUCCAUGCUCUCUCAAUAAAUACUCGAAUGUCUUCCAAACAGAUGCUAACCAUUUAGACCAUACGUCGGAGGGGUCUGCAGCUAAUGCUAAAGAAGGUUAUCAAGAAGAGUUAUGUACAAUGAAUACAGAUAAUAAUCUGCUUGAAGCUCCUGAUAGUGAAGAUGAGCAAGUGGAGGUGGAUGCUAUAGAACGAGCUACGAAUCAGAGUUGUAGUGGCACUUCCUUAAAGAGCCAUUCUAACUUAGAAUCUGACUACAUUCAAGAGCUUUCAGCUGCUAUUCAAUUGGCAAAGCACUUGCAACUGUUAGAUCUUAGUGAUAACGGGUUCACGAAACAGCUAGCUGAAAAUUUGUAUACUGCGUGGACAUCUAGUUCAAGAAGUGGCUCGUCUCGGGGACACAUUGAGGAUAAUACGAUUCAUUUGUCAGUGGAGGGAGUCAAGUGUUGCCAUCUGAAGCCUUGCUGCAGAAGGAUUUAAGUUAUACAGAUACCUUCUUUUUGUUACAUUACCAUGUAAAAAAUUGUGAUAUUACCAUAGACCAAAUUGGAAGCCUCUCAAAAUUUACUAA